AUGAAAGGUAAAGGCAAUCGUUAUUAUCCAUCUUAUGGAGUGAGCUCUGAUUGCGAAGAAGAAGUCAACGCUCAGGUCUACCAACAUACUUACCAGCAGCCGGGAGUUUUCUCUGGUACUCCAACGUCUGACGCCAGUGACGCAACUCUGACAGAUUCCGAACUUGCCCUUGCUAGAGAUUCUACCCUGCUUGUACACAACGGUUAG